AUGCCGUUGAGGAACAAUGCAUGGCUGAGUCAUUGGGAAGACGAACUUGAGAAGUACCUCGAGAAAUGUAAGGUCGAGUAUGUGCUCACAGAAAAGGAAUAUGCUAUGAAGACUGGUGAAAUCCUUAUGCAACCAAAAUUCGAGACAAUCUCUACGAUCAUCCUUGAGGAGCUGUGCAGACGUCAACCAGUCGCAAUAGACACCUAUGUGGAACCAGAUGAGGAGGAGACGGCGUUCAUCUUCUUCUCCUCUGGUACGACUGGACCCCCGAAAGCCAUUCGACACAACCACCGUACUUUGCUCGCCCAUCUUCGUCAGAUCAUAUCUGUACGUGCUGGGAACUCUGAGAAGUAUCCUUUUCCACUUGUGAAUGCAGACGAUCGUGUUCAUGGAGUAUUACCGUACUUUCACGCCGGCGGCCUAAUUACCGUAUUCUGCAUGCUUGUACAGGGCGCUACGGUGGUCGUCAAUAAAAAAUGGAAUGAAGAAGGAUUCCUCCAAGUACUGCAGGACUUCCAAGUGAGUUUUCGGAUCACUACAAUUUGUUGA